ACCUAGCUACCUUCACUUCUCUUGGGAAAAAUACCCUCGUUCGAUAGAAAGCGAUACAUGAAUGGGAUGCGGAUAAGGAACUCACUGCUGUAUUUUCAACCUAAAAGUCUUCUUGUUCGUUAGAUUCAUAUAAAUAGUAUUUUUUUUGGUCCAGGUUUUUCUUCUUCUUUAUCCUACUUCGGUUAAUAGCAAGGCUUCUACGCUCAAGUUUGGUCGUAUUUUCUGAAGUAUUUGCAAUGUAUACCAGUUUGACGAAAAUUCAGGCAUUUCCCUUGUCUUUAAGGAUUUAUUCACAACCCAGAUGCUCCAAAUUACUCUACUCCGCAAAGCAGCAAUCUUUACCCAACUGGUCUCGUUCAAAACCCCAUUUGAACUCCAGUAAAGUCAUAACCCUUGAAAAUUGCCAUUUCAUGCAACCCGUAAAUUUCUCAAAAUGUUCUAAUUGGAAGAGCUUGAAAAUUGGCAAUAUAUCAAAACCCAGAAGCAUUGCGAGUCGGUUCCGGCAUAAAAGUGCCAUACAGUGUUACCUUUCGACUAGAGCUACAAGUUCUUCAAGUUCGUAUGCUCGAAGAGGCGGUGAAAAAAACUCUGCGGGAAGAACUGGAAAAGCUCUUCCUUGGUUAGCUUCAAAUAGAUAUAAAGAAGCAAAAGGAUUGGAGAACGGAACAUCUACAAAGACAAGUCGUACUUCUUGGGAGGAAUCAGCGAAAAGGUUGGAGAAAGGGGGCAGUAGGUCUUUGAGGGAGGAAUUGGCAAAAGGAUUGGAGAAAGCAACAACAAUAGAAAAUGUCGGUUCUUCUUGGACGGUGGCAGCCGACAAUUUUGUGAGGACAAGUGAUCAGUUGGCCGAAGGGAGUGAAGAAGCUAGGAAUAGAAUAGACAUUGCAGAGGAUCGGCAAAGUGAUUUUGGUCACAGACAUGGAGAUUUUGAGGAAGAUGAAGAAGGAGGAGAAGAAGAAGAAUUAGGGGUCGUUGAUGAUCCGAGAUGGGAUAAGAUUAGGCAUAGGUCCAAGCAAAUGGUUGAUGUAAAUGCUGGACCUGAGAAACCUGAGGUAAAAAGGUGGCAUAAACAGGAAAAUUGGGGCAGAAAGACAUGGAAAGAGGCUACUGAAUCAGCAGUUCCUAAAAUGGUUGGAGAAGGGAUCUACGGGGUUGGUCCAGUUUUGGCUGCUUUAUCAGCUCAAAGAAGAGAAUUUUAUGCGUUGUACCUCCAAGAAGGGUUGGAUUUGAGUAAUAAUAAUCGGAAGAAGAAGGACAAAAGGGGGUUUGAAAAAGUUUUGAGGAUGGCUGAAAAAAUUGGGCUAAGCAUAAAGGAAGCAUCAAAGCAUAAUCUCAAUAUGGUGGCUGAUAACCGCCCCCAUCAGGGUCUCGUGCUAGAUGCUUCUCCAUUGGAGAUGGUAAAAAUAAAGGAAUUGGACCCUGUUUCGGUUGAGGAAGAUAAAGGUUCUCUUUGGGUAGCUUUGGAUGAGGUUACAGAUCCUCAGAAUUUGGGGGCAAUCAUCAGGUCGGCUUACUUCUUUGGGGCUUCAGGGGUGGUUUUAUGUGCCAAGAAUUCGGCCCCAUUGAGUGGUGUUGUGAGCAAAGCAAGUGCAGGCGCACUUGAAUUAAUGGAGCUCAGGUAUUGUAAGAAUAUGAUGCAGUUCCUAGUAACCUCAGCUGAAAAUGGCUGGCGAGUUCUUGGAGGUUCAGUUUCUCCAAGAGCUGUUCCCUUGGAUGAGAUUUUGCCUGGUGCACCAACUAUUCUUGUUUUGGGCAGUGAGGGUACUGGGUUGAGGCCUUUGGUGGAGAGAUCAUGUACUCAGUUGAUUAGGAUCCCUGGGAGUAUCCCUGUGGCUGUAUCUACAAGUGGAGUUAAUGAUUUGGAAACUGCAGAAACAGUGUCUGGUUGCUCAGUUGAAGAGUUCAGGUCCUUUUUAGCUGUGGAGAGCUUAAAUGUUAGCGUAGCAGCCGGUGUUCUUCUUCAUCACUUAAUUGGAACCAAUUACAAAAAUGAGUGUCUCAUCGGAGAUAAGUUGACUGAUGCUCUUGACUGAGGUCCUGUGGCAGAUACAUUGAAUUUGUUGCAUGAGUUUAUUUAUCCAAGCUCAUUAUAAUUAUCUUAUCAUUUUAUUUUGAACUUAUAAUGUUUGCAUUAUAAAAUUUUUAUCAGUAUCUGCAGGGUCUUAUGCAGAGUUGUUAGUGAA